AUGGCCAUUCAUCACCUUCUCACUCCCUCUUCCUUCCGACCCCUGGCCGGCGUCCUCGGCUGCGCCAUCUACAUCCUCUACUACCACCGCGGCGAGCACCACCUCUACCCACAACGGAACGUCCCGGCAACCAUAUCCCUCUACUUUCUCUUCGCCCUCGCUUUGAAACAACUCGAUGCCUCCCUCACAACCGCCACCGCCCUCUCCCAAGCCGCCCUCCUAACAACAAUCUACCUCGCGGCCAUAUUCACAUCGCUAACCCUCUACCGCCUCUUCCUGAACCCCCUCAACAAAUUCCCCGGCUUUCCCCUCGCCCGCAUAGCCGCCUUCGCACACACAAUCCAUAUAAGCAAGAACAUGGACCGCCACAUGAUCCUGUACAACGCGCACAAGAAGUGGGGCCGUUUCGUCCGGUACGGACCGAACGACAUCUCCGUCUCGGAUCCCGAUGUAGUGCGCCUGGCGCUGAGCUCGGGCGCUGUGUGCAACAAGGCGCCGUGGUAUGCGUUUGAGUAUCCGGGUUGCUCACUGAUUUCCGUGCGGGACCCCGAGGCCCAUGCCCGCCGACGCAGGAUCUGGAGCCCAGCGUUCAGUGACAAGGCGCUGAGGGGGUACGAGGUGCGGGUUGAGAAAUAUAACAGGACGUUGCUGAGGCAGAUUGAGGGGCUUGAUGGCAAACCAACCAACAUAGCACGAUGGUUCGAAUCCUGGUCCUUCGACAUCAUGGGUGAUCUGGCCUUUGGCCAAUCCUUCAACAUGCUCGAGUCCCCCGAGGGCCACUGGGCAAUCACCCUGCUUAAAGAAGCCCAGGCCGGGGGUGGCCUCAGCAUCCCAACGUGGGCCGCGCGUCUCCUCUUCGCCUUCCCGCCCAUCGCCCGCGAGUACUUUCGCUUCCAGCACUUUUGCGCGGACCAGAUCGAGAAGAGAUUGAAGAUUCAGGGAAAGCAGGCCAAUUCGGAUAUUACUCAUUACCUUAUUGAGAAUUAUCUGACUUCGACGGCUGUGGCUGGGAAGACCGAAAGGGAGAAAAAAGUCGAGUUGACGCGGCUUCAUUUCGAUAGCAAGCUGAUCGUCGUUGCGGGGAGUGAUACGACGGCGUCGACGAUGACGUUUCUGUUCUACCAUAUCGCGCGCGAGCCGGGCUUACUCGAUAGACUACGAGCGGAGAUUCGGGGCCUCGCGGAGGCUGACGGCGGGGCGAUUGAGCACCGCAGGCUGCAGCAGGGCGCGACACUGCUGAAUGCCUGUAUCUGGGAAUCCCUGCGGUUGCAUCCGGCCGUGCCCAGUGGGCUUCCGCGGAAGACGCCCCCCGAGGGGGUGUAUGUCGGGGAAACCUACGUCCCCGGAAAUACGGUGAUGAUGCUGAAUUUCUAUGCGAUGGCUCAUGAUGAAGCCAACUUUGUCGGAGCCGACGACUUCAUCCCAGAACGCUUCACGACGCGUCCCGAUCUGAUCAAACACAGGGAUGCGCUCAUUCCCUUCUCGGCCGGUCCAGCAGGAUGUAUCGGGAAGAACCUCGCGCUGAUGGAGAUGCGGCUGAUGACUGCCCAUCUGGUCUCGAUGUACGACAUCACCUUUGCACCGGGGGAGGACGGGACUGGGCUGUUGAAGUCGCAGGAUCAUUUUACUGUUGCGUUGAAUCCGCUGCAUUUGGUUUUUACGAGGCGGGAGGCGUUGUAAACACAGUGUAGUGGUUAGACGGUUUUGGUCUGCUAAUGAAAUGAGUGCUAGAACCUUCCCUAUUCAAUAUCAUAGCUUCGCGCGAUCAUCCGUCUUGAUCUUAGGUAGAUGCCGCCGCAUAAUCUUGCCACUUCCCGUUCGCGGAAUCUUGUCGAUAAAGUACACACCACCUGUGAGCCACUUGUGCGGGGCAAAGUGUCUCUUGAUCAUGUUGGACAAUUCCGUCUCGGUCACUGUAGCACCCUCCUUCCGUACCACGAAUGCCCGAGGAUACUCGCCCCCGUUG